AGGACGCGCGGUGCCUCUUCAAGCUGGCCAGGAGCGCCCUGGCGCUCUUCCGCGUGGAGGGUGCUACUGACGAAGUGCAUUCUGCUGGUGUGGAAGCGGCUUACCUCAACAUCGCGCAGGUCCUCUUCAAGUACUCCCAGAAGGGCGACCACGACGCCGAGUUCCGGACCGAGGGCCUGCUCGAGCCGCUCCUGGAGGUCCUGCGGUCGGACGCACCCGAGUGCUGCUCCAGCGACCUGAGGGUUUAUAUUGUGGGCGUGUUGAAGAACGUGUCUCACUUGUCCGAGAAUCAGAAGGCGCUCGCGCGGCAGAACGUGGUCGACGUUCUGUUCAGGCUGAUGGGCGCCGAGCAGCUCACGGGCACCUCGAAGGAGGCCCAGCUGCUGAUACAGAUCACCGCCGCGCUGAGGAACCUGGCCAGCGGGAACUACAAGCAGCUCCUGCCCGAGGAGAGGCUCUCGGCCCUCACGAGGACGAUGGCCCUCUUCCCGGGGCACGUCGAGCUGCUGACGAACGUCGCGCGGAUCUUCUCCAAGCUGACGCUCCACAGCUCGGCGUGCGAGGCGAUCGCGCGGGGCGACUCGCACGUGCGGCAGAUCGUCAGAACCCUGAGGCCUCGGGAGGCCUGCAGCACAUCCUGA